AUAACACAUAAACACAAGCAUCUAGCUAAACCUGUCGACUAGUAGCUGUGGUGGUGGGAACCUGCGUAGAAACAACAACGUAGUAGUCUUUAUCACACACUAAGCCCCCCCUUGGAGAUAGAUGAUGUACCCUGUCAGAAGUGAUAGUAGCAUUCACAUGGCCUUCACUGUAGCAUAGAACAGAAAAAAAACACAAGAAAUUUACUGAAAACAAAAGGAUUAUACAAAACAGUUCUCUUUCAAAACUUCACUGUGAUCAUUUUUUAAUUAAAAAAUAAUACUCUCUACUCACACUACCGACUACAAUAGACACCGUAGGUCAGUGAGCGAGUGUAACAAAGCUCCAACAAACCUUCAGAGUCUCGAUUAUAAAAUUACAAACUGGAGUAAGUAAACAAGCAGAAGCUCCAAAUCUCACAACUCGUAGAGAGAAACAUCCUAGGUCCCACAUACUUUGUUUUAUUCCCUACCAACUAACUUAAUUAUAUACUAUUAUUAUUGCAAAAAACUUUGUUCCUUUCUUUCUCUCAUCAGUCUGUCAUCAUCUAGAGAUCUCCAUCAAGAAGAAGCUGCUUCUCUCUUUCCACAAACUCUCGUCAGUCACCCCACACAUAAAUACAUAUCUAAUUUAUAACUCUCACUAAACAUUUCCCUUUCGAGAUAUUUUCUUUUUGUUUUUGUUUAAUCUUCUUACGUGAGCCAAAGAGAGCGUUUCAGGAUGGAACUAAUUAGGCCAAGAAUGCUCAAAGACUGUCUCUUGGAAGAUUCAAAUUCAUGUUCAUCAAAUGGGUUCAAAUCUAUGCCCAGAAGGCCUUCGCUCAACCCCUUCCCAAUGAUACCAAAGAAGAAGAAACAAUCCAGUGCAUUGCAGGCAGUGAUCAAUGCCGUUAAGAACUUCAGUUCCAACGCCAUUAAAUCCACUCCAUCAGGGAUUUUACCAAGGAGCCUUUCUCGGCGGUUAUCAUCAUCGAAGAACAAAGCAGAGAACAAAGCAAACAUCACCACCAUCAUUCGAGUCAAAGACAUCGUACGGUGGAGCUCCUCCAAGGAUCUGCUGCAUGAAGACAUAUCACAUUUCCAACCUCAUCAGUGCACGACCAAGACAAUCACAGGAUCAUCCACGGGCAGCGACACAUCCUCCAGCAGCUGGUGCGACUCGGAUUUUACGUCAGAGUUUUUACCGUCAGCAUGGGGAGGUAACGUUGAAAAAGAGGAAGGUGGUGAAAACCACAAGUUACAAUGUGUCGGCGAAGAUUCUUGCACAGCAGUAACAGACGCCGACACUGUAGUGGGACCUGAGGACUUACAGUGUGAAGAGGAGCAGAACAGUCCAGUCUCCGUUCUUGAGAUACAACUUGGAGAAGAUGACGAAGCAUCAGACUCUUCUUUCAGUCAAUGCCUUGAUAACGUUGAAAGAACCAAACAAAAGCUCAUGGAAACGAUUCAACGGUUUGAGAAUUUGGCCAACAUUAGUCCUUUCAAUUUAGAAGAAUGGGGUGAGGAAUCUUGCAAGGAUGAAAGUUGUGACACAGAGAUUGAAGAAGAAGAAGAUGACACUGAUGAGGUUGAAGAGAAGGCAGCUGAGCUAUGGGAACGAGUCAAAGAAAGACAUGCCAUUUGGAUCCACGAAGAACAUCUGAUAAUGGACUACUUCAGAGAUGAACUGAUGCAAAGAACAAACGAAACUCAUCAGCACUUUGAGGAGCAAUUGGUGGGGGAGGCAAAAAGAUGGUUAGAGGGACAGAGAGUAUCAGAGCUUGAAUGCGGAACAGGUGAGCAGAGGAGACAGGCAUGUGCUAGAGACAUUGAAAGACUGGACUGGAACGAUAAACGGAUGAAGGAGGAGCGUGAAGAGGUGGCUAUGCAGAUUGAAGAGGGACUCUUCAGCCUGUUAAUGAAUGAAACUUUAUAUACGCUGUUCGAGUAGCAACAAGCAGUGUGUUAGCCUCCGAUAUGCUCUGUCAACCAGAUUCUAAAGCGCAAGAAACCUGUGAAAGGAGAUAGAUGUAGCUCUAUCACCCUCGUUCAGGUAACUUGAGCUUACCUAGAGAUCAGCAGACAGCAACAGUUUUGAUUAGGGCUUGAGUUUAAGCCCCACUUUUUUGGCUUCUACUUUUGUAUGAAUAAAGCAAACGAAUAAUACAAUGUACAUUGAACUCUAAAGCAUAUGGUUGUUUCUGCAAA